AUGCCGAAAUGUGGAAAGCAAUUGCCAAAAAUACGUCUGCAAUACAGGUUUACUAUGGGGGCCCAAAGCUUUUACGUUGCCUGCUCAGCGCUACUGCUCCUGCUCCUCGUGAUAAGUGGUGUCAACGCCCAGCCUGGGUGCCCACAGCCUGGGGGUCCCCCGCCAGUGGGGCCGGUGCCUACCAACUGCCCCCCCCGGCUGCCAGAGAACAACGGGCCACUCUGCGGGCUCACAGCAGACGCCUCUCAGUUUAGCAUUGCCGCAAGCGGGAGCUUCUGGCGCAUCCGGAGCAACAGUUGCCCCAACUACGACUGGACCGGUCAGUCCAGCCCCGCGCGCGGAGCCGUACAACAGAAUCUCAACCUUUUGAUUCCCCGUCAUCCCAUACUCCAAAAGGGGACCGGAACAUUUGUGGGCACUAGUAGCCCGGUCAGGGGACCCAUCGGCGUGGCGUUCAAUGCGGUUGCCAUGUUCAGUCCGGUUGACGCCCUAGGCCGCGACGCCCUCCUCUUCGAAGGCUUCACCUUCGACCAGUGCGGCGGCCACGUGGCACCCGGCCCCAACAUCUACCACUACCACACCAUGCCCGGGGAUGGCGCCCCGGGCAGUCACAACAACACCCUGAACGAGGACUUCAACUUCUGUGCGCCGGUUGCGCCGCUAGUCGCGGGAUCGCCAACCGGGCACUCGCCCGUGUUUGGGAUCUUCUAUGACGGGAUCCCAAUCUACGGUCCUCGGGGCGACAACGGCCAGCUCCCGCAGAACCUCGACGCCUGCAACGGACACGUGGACCAAUCGUACCCGUAUUACCAUUACCACGCCACGAGCACAUACCCUUACUUGGUAAACUGUCUCAAGGGCUGCGUUGAUCAGUCGACGGGGAACAACAACUUCGGGAACGUUCCUUGCAUUCCGGACGACGUCCAAUACGACUAUUCUAUCCUCGUCACGCAAUUCCCUAGGUCUGCUCUCCAAGCGGCUAUCUACAGCGCCCCAGGCACGUGCGAUUCAGUCACCGGUGGAUCUACCCCCCUGAACCAGUGCUUCAACAACGACGGGUCUUCGUUCUCCUGUUGCGCCGGCACCUGCGGCCCGGUAGGCCCUUCCCCGACGUGCGAGGGCGGCUACACUUUCCCCAAUGCAAACGCCCCGGCCAAUACGACCGGGACCCCAACUCCGGUGCCUACUUCCUCCGAGGGGGGUUCUUCCGCCCCGAUUCCUACCCCCCCUCCACAGCCCACGCCCUCACCGGGGAAUCCUAUCGGGGGAGCGCAACCCGUCGGAGGAGUUUGCGAUCCCUACGGCCAGUACCCCAACCAGUGCUUCAGCUCCGAUGGUUCUGCGUCCGUUUGCUGUACGGGAGCCUGCCCCUCAAGCCCCUCCAGUUCCCCCGGGUGUUAAAAAAGCGUGCGCGCGCGCGCGGCUGGUAAGGACCGGGCGGCUGCAAAGGAGGCGCGCGCGCAGAGGACUCGGCGGCCGAACAAGAGCGCGCGCGCGCGACUGAUCAGGAGCGAACGGCCGGCAGAAACGGUCGUUUUCAUUGGUUGAUCGGUCUGGUACAGUGGUAGUCAUGCUCGAGUCGACCUUGUGGUCAUGGUAGACGUCUAUGACCAUGAUUGGAAGUUAGCGAAAAGAAUGCAUAUUGCUCAAGCACCCUUCCUUUAGAGCGUCAGAUGAUGUUGAUGCUAGCAGCCGCUGAGCAGUCACGUUAGCGAACACCAGUAGUCUUGAAGUCAAGGUUCGGAGGAGGUAAUGGAGCGUCACGUCUUGUGAAGAUUUUCUUUCUUCUCGAGGUUACCAGGUUCCGUUGCUUGCUGAUCGAGGUAAAUGCACUUCCAGAGCAUGAGGGUUCGAGUAUGAAGAAGCUCCUAAGAAGUCGGUAACAACAGGGUACGAAUGUUGACCCAGUGUACAUCUAGAAUAGUGACAAGUACCAUAGAUUGAAUAGGAGCAAAUCUUGAAAGAUUGCUCAGUGUGUGUGGAGGACCAUCUUGAGUGCAUGAGUUGUUGUAGUCGCACCA